CAGACUCUCAGCCAAGUUGUCAGCAGGCUGGGCGGAGGAGAGGCUCACACACACACACACACACACACACACACACACGAGAUUGCAGGGUGUCCGCAGCUUGAUGUGCGUUGGCUUCCAGAAGGGAAGAAAGGAGAGGGGACAAAAAAACCACCCCAAAACCAGAAAAGGGGGAAGGAGCCUCAUCCAGUCCAGCAGUCCCGGGGAGAAUAAUGGAUGUGACCAUAUCUCAGUUCAUCUUAGAAGAAUUUGAUGUCAACUGCAGCCUCCUGGAUCGUUUACAAGAGGCUUUUUUAGAGAGUUCCUCUAUCCCUUUCCUGGGCUUUGAUGGUCCGUACUGCAAUGCCACCACUGAUCAGAUCGGGACCUGCUGGCCCAGAACCUCUGCAGGGGAACUAGUAGAGAGACCCUGCCCGGAGUUCUUCAAUGGGAUCAAAUACAACACCACAAGAAAUGCCUACAGAGAAUGCCUGGGCAAUGGGACAUGGGCUUCCAAGAUAAACUACUCCCAGUGUGAGCCUAUUCUGGAUGACAAGAGGAAGUAUGCGCUCCAUUACAAGAUUGCUCUCAUCAUAAACUACCUGGGGCACUGUAUAUCAGUAGGGGCCCUUAUAGUUGCCUUUAUGCUUUUCUUGUGCUUGAGGAGUAUCAGAUGCCUGCGGAAUAUUAUCCACUGGAACCUGAUCACCACAUUCAUCCUGAGGAAUGUGAUGUGGUUUCUGCUUCAAAUGAUAGAUCACAACAUACAUGAAAGCAAUGAGCCUUGGUGUCGAUGUAUUACCACCGUCUACAAUUACUUUGUGGUGACCAACUUCUUCUGGAUGUUUGUGGAAGGCUGCUACUUACACACCGCCAUAGUGAUGACUUAUUCCACAGAUAAGCUGCGGAAAUGGGUCUUUCUCUUCAUAGGAUGGUGUAUUCCUUGCCCAAUCAUCAUUGCCUGGGCCAUUGGCAAGCUAUAUUAUGAAAAUGAACAAUGCUGGUUUGGAAAAGAGCCAGGAAAAUAUAUCGACUACAUAUAUCAAGGGCCAGUGAUUCUUGUUCUUCUGAUAAAUUUUGUAUUUCUAUUUAACAUAGUUAGGAUUUUAAUGACAAAACUGAGAGCUUCAACCACUUCAGAAACAAUACAGUACAGGAAGGCAGUCAAGGCAACGUUAGUUCUUCUGCCCUUGCUGGGCAUCACCUACAUGCUUUUCUUUGUCAACCCUGGUGAAGAUGACAUUUCCCAGAUUGUUUUCAUCUAUUUCAAUUCCUUCCUGCAGUCUUUUCAGGGUUUCUUUGUGUCAGUAUUUUACUGCUUCUUGAAUGGUGAGGUCCGUUCUGCUGCCAGGAAAAGAUGGCAUCGCUGGCAAGACCAUCACUCCCUCCGAGUGCGUGUGGCACGUGCCAUGUCUAUCCCCACCUCUCCGACACGGAUCAGCUUCCAUAGCAUCAAACAGACCGCAGCCGUGUGAUAUGCCCCGCAAAACACAUGCACUACCUGGUGGCCUUCAGGGUUCUUCUUUCUUCACUCUCCCCAGGCCCCUUUCUUCAAACUUUGUUGCUUUAUUCUGCACUGAUCUCUUUCGCAAAGAAGUACCAUCAUGUUUUUGUGGACUCUCAUCUCCCAUAUUCAUGAUGCUGCUUAAAGGCAACCAGGCAAAAGCCUCUUGGAGUAGGCAGUGGCAAAACAGAUUCAAAGAAGAAAGAGAUUCAAUGCUGACUGUGUCUUGUGGAAGUUCACUACAAUACAAAGUCUAAAACAGCACACUGGCAGGAACAAUUUUUUUCUCCUUUAUUUUGUUUCGUUUUUCUGUUUUCCCCUUCUGUAUUGUGGUGAACAAAGACUAUUUUUAACAUACUGCCCAACUCACCUUGUAUAUUGAUUCCCAAUGAUUUCAACAGUUUGGUGUAUAGAUAGCCCACCUCUUUCUUGUUUCUUUGUAAAAAUUUCUUCUCUGCAGAACUGUCAUUUGAGAACACGUGGCAGCAAGAAAAAGAGCGUCUGAAGGGUGGUGUGAAAAAUCCUGAUUUAUCUGUCCUUCCCCAUUUCUCCCUUUGAUAGACUGGGAGUUGGCUAUGGCAUCGCUGGACUGUUUAAUGCAGGGCACAUUGCCUUGCAAGAACCAUGCCCUGGUCAUACACAAAUUUUAGGAAAGGACAACAAUAUCUCUAGAUAGCUCUGUAAAGUAUCCUUAUUCCUCUUAGCCUCACACUUUCGACACAGUGUAAGUAGCUUUUGGAAAGUCUUUGGGGUUUUUUCAGCUAAGAGGAUCGGGAUGGCUAAGAACACAAAACAUGUUUUCUGGGUUGAAAAAAUAUAAAAGGGAAGCACUGUAGAAAUAAUGAUGAAAAGAGGUUGUUUGCAUUAUGAGGAUAGUGCUACAUGCUGCACAAUUAUCUAUUGAGCAUUUUGAACUAGAGCAGAUGUAUCUACUAGGCUUUUUAUGUGAUGUUCAAAAAUACUGUAUAUUUUCAAUAAUAAACACUACUCUGGGUUGGUUUCAGUAAAA